AUGGAUAAUGAGAUGUCCUAUGCUCAUGGAGGUGGAAUACCAUCUCAAUCUGGUUGGUCUACUGGUUUUUCUCAAACUAAUGGUUUGCAUGAUGAUAUUCCUGAACAACAAUCGAGUUCGACAUUACCCUUAUUGGUUCCAGCUCAGAAUUUCAUCCCUGAGCCCUGUAUUCUUGGGCAGGGUGGAGGGGAAACUGAUAGUAGCCAGUUUGGCCCUGACAUUAGCCAAAUGCUAGACGACCCGUUUAGGAAUCUCGGCCACCGACGCGCCUAUUCCGAAAUUCUGACCUGUCCUCACAAUGGCAUUAACUUUGAUGGUGAUCUCGGUGUUCUAGGCGGCGAUUACGCGCCUUUCUUUUCUGAUGUGAACGAGGAGCCCGACUUGUAUGGCAUAUACUUGGACACGGAUAGACUUAAUAUCUCGUCUGCUAUGCCACCUUUGUUUCAGGUGGGAGAACCAUCCUCCGCGGCUGAUGCCGUUCUGCCUCCUCCUCUUCCUCCUUCUGCUGUUGCUGCGCCAUUAGCUGCAGCUAUAGGACCUGCAUUGGGGCUUGGGUUGCGUUAUGAGAGGCCCAGGAUGAGGCACCAACACAGUCAGUCCGUGGACGGGUCGACGAUUAUCAACCCGCAAAUGCUCGCUUCGAGCCCCAAGGGGCCCUCAAGAGUGGAGAGAAAGAAGGCUCUUUCUACUGCUCAGCUCACCGAGUUGGCCUUGGUCGACCCGAGGCGUGCCAAGAGGAUCUUGUCGAACAGGCAGUCGGCUGCGAGGUCGAAGGAGCGGAAAUUGCAUUACAUUGCUGAGCUCGAAAGAAAGGUGCAAACCUUGCAGACUCAAGCCAUAGCACUGACUUCUCAGUUGACCCUCUUGCAGAGAGAGAUAACUGGUCUGAAUACUGAAAACCAUGAGCUGAAGUAUCGGUUCCAAAGUAUGGAGCAGCGGGUUCAAUUGCAAGAUGCGCUGAACCAUGCGUUGAAGGGCGAGAUCAAACAUCUGAAGGUGCUGACUGGCCAGGCCAUGCCCAACGGUGCACCAGCCAUGAUGCCUUUCACUCCUUUCGCACCACGCCCUCUGUUUUAUCAUCCUAACAAUAGUGACCAGCGCCCACUUAUCGCCGCUCAGCAGCUCCAGCAGCUGCAGAUUCAGCCCUCAGAACCACAGCUUCCCUUUCGGGUUCAGCAUCAGCAGCUGCCUCUUCAACUUCAGCUGCCACAGCUGCAACAGCCAACCAGAGACUUCAGCUUUCGCGGGCCCGUGCACUUGGCGAUCCAAGGUGAUAACCAUGCUGCGGAUAAUUCUUCUACUUAGGGGAAUUGAGCAAAAGCCCAUGGCGCCAUAGCACAUUCAAAGACUUGAUAUAUUCCUUUGUUGUGCUGUGGCACAUACAAAAACUCAAUAAUUUUCUUUGUUGUUAUUCCGGGAUAUUAUCAUAGUUUCCAUCCGGACAUAGCUUUUUUUUUUUUUUUUUCAUUUCGGAUGUUGUCGUCCUUUUAAUUGGACUUUUCUCCUGCCUUUUCUA